UGUAUUCAUUUUUGUACAGUACAGCAUUCUCUUUCUCGAAUUCGGCAAUGUCUGCUGAAUUGUGGUUGUCUUUUACACUGCGACAUGAACCUUAUUUCAGCUAUGGGCAACAAAGACGAGCAGGUUGUGCUCGCUCAUCGUGAUGAAUUUGGUGGCGUGGUACUGCAACAUGACGUUGGUCCGGAGAUGAGGAGAACGUUGAGCGAACAAGAAGAGUGGGCAAUCGAACAUGCAAAGUUGCACGAAAAACAUAAGGGACAUGAACAAAUGCAUCUGGAAAUGAUGCUAAUACUUAUCGUAACUCUUGUGGUCGCUCAAGUUUUCUUGGUGCAGUGGAAGAAGAGACAUUUUAAAUCUUACCAACUGUGUACGUUACUGGGCAUGUGGCUGAUUCCCGUGUACGUAUGUUUAUCUCGUAGUUGGUAUAGAUUUCUCGUGACUUGGGUAAUAUACACCAUAUGCUCAACUUGGAUAUGGCGAAAAUCCACUGAAGAUCAUAUAAGCGGAACAACUCCGAGACUUGUUUAUAAAUGGUUUCUAUUUCUUCAUAAGCUGAGCUAUGUUUUGGGAAUAGCUGGCUACAUAAUAAUGAUAUUUACACUCAUGGGACUAAAUUUUAUCUUUGGACUACAAUCGACUACAUGCAUGGAUGCAGGGAUCCUUCUGCUGUUUUAUGGUUUAUAUUAUGGAGUUCUUGGCCGCGAUUUUGCUCAUAUUUGCACUGAUAGAAUGGCUUGCAAGAUAGGAUAUUUCACUCACGAUGGUCUACCCAAGAAGCACUUAGAUGACGGUGUCUGUGCGGUGUGUGAUAAUCGCCUUGUCGCGAACGUCAGCGAUACGGACGAUGAAGAAGCUGAAGAGGAGAAGACUUAUAGGUUGUCAUGCGGUCAUACUUUCCAUGAAUUUUGCAUUCGCGGUUGGUGUGUAGUCGGGAAACUGCAAACGUGCCCGUACUGCAAAGAGAAAGUCGACCUCAAAAGGAUGUUCAAAAAUCCUUGGGAGAAACCGCAUCUAUUCUAUGGUCAGCUGCUAGAUUGGAUCCGCUAUCUCGUCUGCUGGCAACCUCUCAUAGUUACUUUCGUUCAAGGACUUAAUCAUAUCCUUGGUUUGGAAUGAUUAUCUGUUAUCUUGACUGAACUUUUGUAUGGGUUCUCUAAACUGUUUUAGCUUUUUUUUUCAUUGUUGGUCUUAUCGAACCUUCUAUGCUUUGUUUAUCUGAAAAUAAUGUUUGUUACUGUAAUAAUUCUAAACUGCAAGUAUUGUAUUGGAAACAUGACUUCUAAUAACUGAUCAAUGACUUUUGGUGAAGCAAUCUCUCCAGCAUCAAAAGGUGUUCAUAUAUCUUUUUGUGCAUAAUUUCCUUCAUUGGUUACAAUAUUAAUAGUUGUCUAUCAUGUCUGUCAUCUUGCCUGUCUCAGCGUAUUAGUCUCUCUUCUUAGCAUUUAGCAACAUUCUAACUUGAAUGUCCGACAAAUGUGCUGGUCCUUGGUUUCAUUGUACAGUCAGCGCUUCCCUAUACAAGGCAAUUUCUUAUCUGUGAUAACACAUCUUCUCAUCACCUUGUUAUUGCUCCACUUUAUUUCAUAGAAGCUUUUGCAGCAGAUCCAUAUACAGCCAGCCACUGAAGAUGUGUCUUCUUGCCAAAUAAUGUAUCUGCUUGUUGUUUUAAAGAAUCCUUUCUUUCUUGAGGUUAUCAAAUAAAAGAUUAUAA